CAGUGGCUUCCCUUCCUCUGCCCAGAGCCCCGGGCAGGAAGACAGCCGCCCGCAGGCUAAUUAGCACGCCCUUGGCCUGCCCGCGCCGGGCACUCUGCAGCCGCGCAACUCGUCCGCACGGCCGGAAAGGCAGGCGUCGAACCUUCUUCGCGGAGGUCCGUGACUCCAGCAAGGUCACGCAGCAAAGUCAGCGCUAGAACUCCGUCCCGUAGACCCUAAUGCCGAAGCCUGCACGGCCUCCCAGAGCCUCGAGCGCACGCAGCCUGUCAGAACUGGAGAACUUGGGUUACCAACUUCACCACUGGCAAGGGGUGGGGCCAGGCCAGAAAGACAAGUUUAAUCUCUGACCGGGAACAGAGGGUCGCGGGAAAUCCUGGGGCGAGGACUCCCCGGAGCUCCGCAGCCAAGUCUGCGCAGCGGGCGGCGGCCGGGCUCGGCUUCCUAGCGCGGGAGGGUGGAGCCCCGACUCCCCGCGGGGAGCGCAGCCGCGCCUCCCGCCCUCUCCCCGACCCCGAGCCCCCAGCCCUCUCCCCACACUCGGUCCCUACCGUGCCAGGGCAGUUCGGCAACACCACCGAGCGCGCGGCCUCCCAGGGGCUGCGUGGGGAGCGGUGGCGGAGCGCCAGGCUCCGUCCCGGGCCAGACCGUGCGGGGCGGGGCCGCUCCCUCCGCCCCUUCCCCGGCAGGCGCGGGGGAGGGGGGCGCGCAGGGGACGCCUCCCCGAGUGGUCGCUGAGCCUAGGCCAAUGAGCGCGCGGGCAACCACGAUGGAGGCUGGGGCUGCCGGGAGCGCCUGGGACCCCUGCCGCCGCCGCCGCCGCCGCCGUGCCCCCGCGCCCCCGCGCCCUCGGGGCAGAAGGGGUGACAAAGGCGCGGCGCGGGCGCGAGGGCAUGGAGGCGCCGCUGGCCCACGCUGGCAGCCCGAGCUGCGCCCCCCGCCGCCACUGCUGCACGGCGAAGUUUGCCGGCUGACUCGGAAAGUUGCGCCCGCGCUUGGCCCCCGAGCCGCGUCCGGCCUCCGUGACUGUCCUGCUCGCCGCCACCGCCGCCGCCGCCGCCCACCGCGGGGUCCCGGCUCCGCCAGCACCCGCAGCCCCGCCUGCCGGGGGCAUGUGAGCCACCGCCUCCCCCAGAGGCCGGGCGGGCUCCACCGGCCCCGCCGCCUCUCGUGGCAGCCUGCGAUCGGGCGAGGGGCGCGCCCCGGCCCCAGGCAGCCGGGUAGCCAUGGGCAUCCAGGGCAUGGAGUUGUGUGCCAUGGCCGUGGUCGUGCUGCUGUUCAUCGCCGUGCUCAAGCAGUUCGGUAUCCUGGAGCCCAUGUCCAUGGAAGACAGCAGCGACAGUGAGCUGGAGCUGUCCGCGGUGCGCCACCAGCCCGAGGGGCUGGACCAGCUGCAGGCGCAGACCAAAUUCACCAAGAAGGAGCUGCAGUCCCUCUACAGGGGCUUCAAGAACGAGUGUCCCACGGGCCUGGUGGACGAAGACACCUUCAAGCUCAUUUACUCGCAGUUCUUCCCUCAGGGAGACGCCACCACCUACGCACACUUCCUCUUCAACGCCUUCGAUGCCGACGGGAACGGAUCCAUCCGCUUUGAGGACUUUGUGGUCGGGCUCUCCAUCCUGCUGCGGGGGACAGUCCACGAGAAGCUCAAGUGGGCCUUCAACCUCUACGACAUCAACAAAGACGGCUACAUCACCAAAGAGGAGAUGCUGGCCAUCAUGAAGUCCAUCUACGACAUGAUGGGCCGCCACACCUACCCCGUGCUGCGGGAAGAUGCACCUCGGGAACACGUGGAGCGCUUCUUCCAGAAAAUGGACCGGAAUCACGAUGGAGUGGUGACCAUGGAUGAGUUUCUGGAGACCUGUCAAAAGGAUGAGAACAUUAUGAGCUCCAUGCAGCUGUUCGAGAAUGUCAUCUAGGGCUCGGGAGGACCCUGGUGGCCACUGCCACUUAGCCCUAAGCGGAGCCUCCGUCCUGCCCGGAGCAGCCUCCAAGAGAAACUUUUUCUAAUAGAUUUGCAAAAAGUGAGCGGUUUGCUACACAUACAUACACACACACACACAAACACACACACACCACCCUGUUGCUGCAGGCUGGCAGAGGGGACCUGAGGCUGGGGAGGGCUGAGUCUGGCUGGGAGCCAGGCCCAGAAGACAAAAGCCGCACCGCCCUGGCUGCCCCACCCCCCACCCCCGGGGUUGGCAGGGCCAGGGUACCACCGGGCUGUGCAGGGCAGAGUGGCAGGCUGCUGGCCUAGCGCUGGAUGCUAGCAGGAAGUAGCUCAAGCACCCCUUGGGAGUGGGCCCUUCCUGGUGCGCCCCCUCACUCCUCCCCUCCUGUCCCACGCAGGGGCCAAGCACCAGGCUGCUCUGGCCUGUCCCCAGCCUGUACUCCCAGGGCCCCUAAGUGCAGGAGCCGGCAGGGCCAGCUGGGGUUGGGAGGACUCCGGCCAGGGAAGAAGUGGAGAUGGGGCAGAACCUUCUGUGCUCUACCCAAGAGCUUGGGCGUUGCGGGAGCCCUGGGCUGCGUUCUCGCUGCAUCCCAGGCUACUGGGGGAGGGGGCGCCCUCUGCAGCGGGGCGAUUGGGUCUUUCAGUGUUGCAUCGGAGGGGGCUCUCGGCCACCUCCAGUGGGCAGACGUCUUCUCCCGCCCCAAUCCUGGCAGGGGCUGGGGCCACCCUCCCGCCUCCAGCACCACACUGUUCUCCCUAAGGUCCUCUUAGGAGGAGGUAACACGGCUCAGGGACUGGCAGCCUAGGAACCCCGGGGCGAGUGCGAGGGGGGCCCGGGCCAGCGCCUCCCUCUCCCUGUUGGCCUGCAGCCCCAUCGGCCUCCCUUGGCCCAGCAGCGUGGCCGAGCCCCAUCCUGUAGCUGCGUGGGCACCCACCCAGGACUAAAAGCACAAGCGCCACGGCAGCUCCGGCCACGGCCCACGAGGAGAGCCAGGGCCGCUCUGCUUUCCAGAGCAAGGCCCUCCUGGUGGCCCGGGACCGGGAGCCCCGCAGCCCCAUCACGGGAGGCCCUGGGGAGGACGCUCGGAGGUCCACUGUGUGCCUCAGAGCCACGGGGGUUCAAUGCCCAGCUCUAGCCCGGCCUGUUCCCCAACAUUCAAAAGCACAAACCGGGGGGCUCUGCUCAGCUGGGCUCUGCCCUGGGGGGAUGGAGGCCGCCGAUGCCCAAAGCCAGAGCCAGCAGACAGGGCUGCAGGGCCCCGGCUGGGCAGCAGGUCCAGAGAUCCCUCCAGGAGACAGCUCCGGGAAGAGCCCUGUGCCCAGCAGCCUGGGCCCCUGCGAGGAACAUUCCCACACACACAUUCCAUCCGCUGCUGCCCCGUCUCUGCGCAGGCCCGGCCCUGGGCGCCCCUGGGAGGCUGGCCCCAGGGUGGGCAGGGCCUCGGGAGGCAAGGUGGGAUGACAGAGGCUGUGGGGCCCCCCGGAGCCCUCACGCAGGUUGGCUGAACCCCAUCUCCAGUCUUAUGGGGGUCCCCCCUCUCUCUCCUUCCAGGAGGGUUUCGGCUUUCCCUGGCUCAGGGAUCUCCUCUCUGCCCCCCACCCCUGCCCCAGCCUGGCCCUCCCAUCUGGUGUCACCACAUACUCCCAAGGGGCCCAGGCCACGGGAGAGGGUUACCACCACGCCCCGCCCCUCAGUCCACCAGGAGAGGUCUGCCUCCUGCCCAGGGCGCGGACUGGCCGCAUGCCUGCAUGGCGGGGCACGGCCUGCAGGGUGGUCCCUGUUCUCAGCACCCACCAAUCUUCAGUCCUGUAUAUUUUAAUAAAAUAAACUUGACAAAGGA